UUGUACUCCGGACUGGCUGGUGGGUGAUAAGGCGCAAAAACUCGCCAGUCAGUUUAUAAACAAAUCCCAAGGAGGCAGCAACGAUAAGGGACUCUGAGCCUCUGCACACACAGCCUCACCAUGAAACCCUGUUCAUUUAUAUUGUUGGCGUGGACCUUGGCUUUCGUAGCUCCCUCACCCAGUUUUGGAUAUUCUCCUCGAGAGGAUGCUAGAUUAAUUCGGGAAUACAAGCAGAAACUAGAGCUAAACCACGCCAAGAUCGCCAGAGAUCUCGUGCAUCGAGCCAACUGGGCUGCUGUGGGCAGCAUCUCCACAAACAAAAUCAUUGAGGGUUAUCCCAUGGUCAACAUCAUUUCCACAGACGAUAGCGACUCCAACGGUCAAUCUACAGGCAGAAUACGUUUUCUCCUAACUGAUUUGGACUUUACUGGCCCGGAUUGGGAGCAUAACAAUAAGGUGACCUUAAUGUUCAGCGAUGACCAAACUCUGAAUUGCAAGAAUUCUGGCAUGGAUCCAAUGGAACCCACUUGUGCUCGCACCAUGCUAAGUGGGCAGGUGAAGAAGAUAAAUCCAAGCGAUAGCAGCUAUCAGCCCGCCUUGGAUGCUUUCGUGAAACGCCAUCCAGCAGCUAAUAAUUGGUUGAAAGCCCACAACUUCUACCUGUGUGAGCUGGACAUUCGCAACAUCUUUGUUCUCGACUUCUAUGGAGGCCCACACCAGGUCAGCGCCUCCGACUAUUACGCCGUUAAGGCGUAGAUUACUCAUUUGGGAAACCACCUGACGCCUCAUUACUUUUAUUACUGCGCCACAAUUUAAAUGAUAAGUAAUUUGAUCAAGGAAUUGAAAGAAUAAAUUUAGUAAACAAACA